AUGGCAAUGGAAAGUUCAUUGAGUAAUGUCUCUUUCGGUCAGCUGGUGCUUUCUUCUUUCGCAGCGUGCCUGACCUACUGUGUCUUUCGAGUCCUGCAUAACAUAUACUUCCACCCUCUGGCGAAGUUUCCAGGGCCGGAGUUGCGCGCAGCAUUCUUCUUCCCAAGUCAUUACGAGGUUUUGACGGGAGAUGUUCCGACCAACUGGCACAAGCUCCAUGAAAAGUACGGGGACAUAGUGAGAAUCAAUCCCAAUACGCUCUCUAUCAUUAAGCCUGAGGCAUGGCGAGACAUCUACGGCCAUGGAAAUACUAUGCCCUUGCCAAAAGAUCUUCGCUACUAUGCUGCCAACAAUGCAGACCACGCCCGCAUUCGUCGUCCACUAAAUCACGCCUUUUCAGAGCAGGCCUUGCGAAGUCAAGAAGAAAUCAUCAAUUCCUACAUCACGCUCAUGAUCCAGAAACUACACAAGCGGGAGGAGUCUAAAACGCCGGCCGACAUCAUGCGAUGGCUGAACUUCACUACAUUUGACAUCACCGGAGAUCUAACCUUCGAUGAGUCGUUUGGCUCGUUGGAGGCAGAAGACUACAACUCCUGGAUUGCAAAUUUGUUCGGUAAGCUGCGAGUUGCCAGUCGCAUCCGCCUUCUGAAAGACUAUCCAAUUAUUGGGACACCAAUCAUGGCGUUGUUGCAGUUCGUUCCCGCACUGGCGAAAGCAAGGCAUGCGCAUGAUUCCUACACUGCAGAUAGGGUUGCUAGGAGGCUUGGAAAAGAGAGUGAUCGAAAGGACUUCAUAAGCUACAUCCAAAAGCACAACGGCGAGAAGGGCGUGACAGUCGACGAGAUCAAGCAAACAAGUGGCACCCUCAUCAUCGCUGGUAGUGAGACCUCUGCUACCCUCCUUAGCGGUGCAAUCUACUACCUCCUCAAGAACCCCGAAUGGAUGUCGAAACUUCACCACGAGCUCCGAAACAGUUUCAAAGACGAAUCACAAAUCUCCUUCGCGUCACUGAGUCAGCUUAAGAUCCUGAAUGCUAUCAUCCAAGAAACCUUCCGAAUGUAUCCACCUGUCCCAACGUUUCUCCCGCGCUUUGUACCGAAACCAGGCGCCACAAUCUGUGGUACUUUCAUCCCUCCUGGCACGCACCUAGGAAUCACGCAAUACCCUGCAUAUCGAUCAUCGCGAAACUUCAAGGACCCAAACACCUAUGCGCCACAAAGAUUCUUGGGCGACGGUGACUAUGCCGACGACAAGCGCUCUGUAAUCCAACCUUUCUCCGUCGGACCAAGGAACUGCAUCGGGCAGAACCUCGCCUGGGCUGAGAUUCGCACCAUAUUAGCGAGGUUGGUGUGGCAUUUUGAGUUCGAGCUAGAGAGUGAAUCGCAGGAUUGGGAGCAUCAGAAGGUUUUCGUCCUGUGGCAGAAGCCGUCGCUGAUGGUGAGAUUGAAAGCGCGGACUGCCUUGGCGUAG